AUGCAAAACUUUUCAACAAGCUCUCAAUUAGUCAAUAACCAUGACCAUGCAUGCGUGAAUAUUCUAUCACAGAAAGAUACAAAUCCAAUUUCUAAUAAUAAUAAUAAUAAUAAUAAUAACCAUGUUCAUAAUAAGACUUCGGUAGAUAAUAGAAAAUUCUGUGAGAGGUGUAAAAAACCUAUAAUUCAGGGUGAUAAAAAAGGUAAAAGUACAUUGAAGGCUCUAGGAAAAUAUUAUCAUGAUGAAUGCUUUAAUUGUGAAGAUUGUAAUACUCCUUUGAAGAGAAAAUAUUUUCCAUUCACACUUAAAAAUGAAAAUACAACAAUAUUAUUAUGUCAAUAUGAUUAUUUUAAAAGAAAUGAAUUAUUAUGUGCAGUAUGCGACCAACCACUAAGAGGACUUUAUUAUACAGCCUUUGGAAAAAAGUAUGAUGAAAAACACUUCUCUUGUGUUAUAUGUAGUGAACCAUGUGGUAUUAAGAAAUGUUUCAUAGACAAUGAAAAAUUAUAUUGUAAAUAUCAUUUCCUGAAAUUUCACUCUAAACUCUGUAAUGGUUGUGAGUAUCCUAUUUCAGAUCAAUAUAUUGAGUUUUUGAAAGGUGAUGAAGUUAAUUGUUGGCAUCCAGAAUGUUAUGGUAUCCAUAAAUAUUGGCAUGUUACGUUAUCUUCUGAAAAAUUGGCUCUGCCUGAAAUAAAAAAGAUACUAUCAUCUGAACUCGACAAUAAUACAGAUGAUGACAUUGAUAGUCUAAAAAGAGACUUAGACGCAAAAAUGAAUAUCUUUAAUAAUUUGCUAUCAAAAGUAUGGUCUACGUUAUAUAAAUUCGAAGAACAAACAGCUGCUUGUAUUUCAGAUAUGUUUCAACACCUUGCUAGUAUUGAUCAAAUAAAAGGUCUCGAGUCAUGUGCCUUGUUGGUACUUAAAACAGAAUGUUUAUUUAAAGCUUUAGGAACUUUGGAUAACGAGAUUCCAACAGAUGAGAAUGAAGAUAAUACCACUAUUGAAGAAUACCAAGAUAAAAACUUCAGCUUAAGAAAGAUUUCAAAAAAUUUAACAACAAAGAUUAUGAUUUACUUACAAAUACUGAGAAAAAUUAAUCUAGACCCUGCUACUAUUAAAUCACAAAUGCCAACAUUUAUGUCUAUUAUAACUGGAUUAGCUCAUUUUUUAAAAUUAAUUAUGCGAUAUGGUUUAUUUGUCGUUCUUGAGAAAAAUAAAAUAACUAACUCUAACACACCUUUAAUGAAGUACUUAAAAGCAUUAAGGAAAUAUGAAGAAUAUAGUUCUCAACCAUUUAAUUACAUUAAGUUAUCAAUCAAAGUUACCGACAACUGUUAUCAAUGUAAUAAGUAUAUCCAAGAGGGUUGUAUAAAAUACCAUGAUAAAAGAUGGCAUGCUAAGUGUUUUAAUUGUUUCAAAUGUAAUAAUCAUAUAGGUUUAGACGAACUAUCAGAUGCCACGUUUAAUCAACAACAAAACACAAUAUUAUGUGGAAACUGUUCUAUUGAGGAUCCUAUCUCAACUUCAGGUUUUCAAUAUGUCACUCGAUUAAUACAAUUGAUAUUUUUACUUAAAAUUGGUUUAGUCAAAUCGAAAGCAGUCACUGAAAUGCAAUUAAAAUAUAACAAAAAUAGUAAUAAAUCCACUGUAAAUGAAGCAGUCAUGAUGCAACAAACAUAUAUUAGAACAUUAAAUGACAUUAGUAAAUUGAAAUCUAAACGCGAAAGUGUUUCUGUAUCACAUAAACAAAAUGCUAGAUUAUCUAUGUUAUUGACAACUACUGAUGAAAAUACAGAGGAACCUACUAUCACACUUGAAGAUAAGUUAAUCAGUUCUGGAAAUGAGGAGAAUAAUACCAAGGUUAGCUUUUUACCAGAAAAUGUUUUUAGUAAUGGCCGCUCACUGACUCUUGAUGAUAUAUCUAGAAUAGUCGCUGUAGAACAAGCGAGAGAAUUAAGACCAAAUGCAUUUACUCAUUUUAAGAAGUUAAAAGAAACUGAUGAAGAGUCAGUUCGUGUAGUUGCUAAAGAAAGUGGGUCAUUUUACUCAGAAUUAAGCAAUUCAGACUCUCUAAUUUUACAAGCCAUUGCAUUAUCUUUAUUACAAAAUGAAAAAUCUAUGGAAAAGUUGAUGGUGCCUUCAACUUUAAUACCAUCUAUUCCCAAAGGUGAUAAAUCAAAUUCCUCUAAUAAAUUUUGGAAUAUAAUAAAGAUCAAACGGAAUAAAGAAACUAAGAAGAAGAAAAUUAAAAAAACAUUUGGCGUACCUCUGGAUUAUCUAUGCGAAUCCUGGGGCAUUCAAUCAGAUUUAGGUGUUGGACCAUCAAAAAUUCAGAUACCAAUUGUAGUCGAUGAAUUAAUAUUUUCGCUUCGUCAAAUGGAUUUAUCAGUUGAAGGUAUCUUUAGAAUAAAUGGUAACAUUCGUAAACUAAAUGAAUUAACAUUAGAAAUAGAUAAUAACCCUGGAAAGACACCUGACUUUUCCAAAGAAACGGCUAUUCAACUAUCAGCACUACUGAAAAAGUUUAUUAGAAGCCUUCCGGAACCACUGAUGUCAAGAGAAUUAUAUGACAUGUGGAUAAAUGCAGCAAGAAUUGAAUCUGAAACAGAAAAGAGAAAAUUUAUGUCGUUGUUGUAUAGCAUACUUCCAGUCUAUAACAGAAAUGUUUUAGAGGUUUUACUAUCGUUUUUAUUCUGGACUUCUUCUUUUUCGCACAUCGAGAAUCAAAUGGGCUCCAAGAUGGAUAUACAUAACUUAUCCACUGUCAUUGCUCCUAAUAUCCUGUAUAAUGGCAGUGGCGAUAAUAAUAUUCCUUUAAAAUCUGCUUCAACUAAUAUGGACACAAAACAUAAUACAUAUAGAGAUGCUUUUGCACAAAAUGAAGGUGAAAAUUAUUUCUUAGCGAUUGAAGUUGUUGAUUACGUUAUAACGAACAAUAUAGAGCUAGCAAUGGUUCCAAGAUUUUUAAUACGUCUAUUAGAAGAAGUUAAACAGCUAAACUAUACCGAUUAUGAAUCCAUAAAACGGUUCGUUCUGGAGAAGAUCAACUCGGGCGCUAUCGAGUUCGACAUCGAUCAACAGCCUUUAAGGUCAGAAACUGUUAAAACUGUUCAUUCAUCAACGAUAAUUCACGUUAAAGAAUAA